CUGUGAGUAUAUAGUCUACACGUCCAGUGCCACAAAGGGUUGACAGACCAAUAACAACGCCACUAGCGAGUGUGCACGCGUGUCUUGUUAGUGCCUGAAUGUGUGUGAGUAAACGGCCAUUGUGUAUGUUUAGUUAUGUGUAUCCAACUAUUUAUACAAUUCUAUUUUUCGCCAUCUCUCGUGAUUAUAAGUUUUAAAUGUCAACACACGAAACAAAGACCUGGCUAUAAAGGUGAUUAACCAAAAACAGAACAUGAAAUCAAUGAUUGUUUUUGUUUCAACUUAUUCCUGUGGUCAAUAGACUACAACUGUUUAUAGUCAGAGGGCGAGACUCGCACGUGCCAGUAACAUUUUAAAAUGUACAAAGAAAAUCAUUCGUAUUGAUUCACAAAUUUUAGGAUUAGGAAAAUCUUAUUCAGUUCACCUUGACGCACUAUAUCCUAGUUUUUUCUAUUGCUGCUGUUAUUGGUUGGAUGCGCUUGUUAUUUCAGAGGAUCCAAUGUGCUUGAAGUCUAAAUAACUGCCAACAAUGUGUCUGAGUAAGAUAGACUCAACUUAUAAGACAAGUGUUGGAUUGUCCACUUUACAUCUCUAGAUUAGCACUAUGUCCAAUGCAUUCAUUCUUGUACCUGAAUAAAAACCUGCACACAGACACACUGGCAAACAAGAAGAUCCAAUGGGCUGCUAGUUAACGAACGACAAUGCUUCUGAAGGCGGUUGUUGUGGUGCUGUUUUCCUGUGUGACUUACCUGUUACUGUACAUUCGACUUGGCUACAACCUGCACUACAAGAAACAUCACCCUGGAGAAUGCAGGCCGAUGAUGGAGUUGGAGUUUGGAUCUGAGGACCUUCAAGUGACAAGCGAUGGAUUGGCUUUCAUUUCCUCUGGUGUGAUGUAUGACGCCAUGUCUCCUCAGUUCAAAGACUUCAUUGUGCGCCAGAACAUAAGAGGUAGAAUCAUGCUGUAUGACUUCAGUCAGCCGGAACAGGGGCUAACAGAACUCAGCAUUGAGGCCGGAAGUACACUGCUCUUGAAGAAGUUCCGCCCGCACGGCAUCAGCAUCAUUGAGGACCGCGUCAAGCGCGAGCACCUUGUUUACGUCAUCAACCAUCAAGGGCUGGAGCAGGACCGCGUUGAGAAAUUCAGGUUUCGCCCGUCGACCAGAACUCUUGUCCACCUGAAGACAUUCACCAGCGACUUGCUGAGAGUGACCAACGACCUGGCUUUGGUCCAGGAGGACCAGUUCUUCAUCAGCAAUUAUCUGUAUUUUAAAACCUAUACCAUGUCUGUUGUGGAACAUUUGUUACCAGUAGGACUGGGUUCCUUGGUCUUUUUCAAUGGGUCACAGUUUGAGAUGAUGGUCUCUGGUCUUCUAGGCCCUAAUGGUGUCACUCUCUCACUAAAUGGCAGAUUUCUGUAUGUGGCCUACCCACUAGGUGAGAAAAUGGAGGUGUAUCAAAGGCUAAACAACAACCGGUUACGUCUGGUGCAGUCCGUCAUGUUGUAUACCAGCCCUGACAACUUUCACUUGUCCAUGUCUGGCAAUGAGCUCUACGUAGGGGCUCACCCAAUACCACACAAGGCAUUGGAUCACCUGAACCAACCACAGCACACGGCACCAUCAUCUGUACUCAGGGUUCCAUUACAUCACGGCCUUGUGAUAGAGGACAAAGUGACAGAGCUAUUUUACGAUCACGGCGAUUUCAUCGCAGGCUCAUCCGUGGCGGCAGUCUACCAAAACCAGCUCCUGAUAGGUUCUGUCAUGAACAAGCUGGUGCUGUGUGACCUGGACAUCAAAAUCACGGACGUAUCAAAUAGCAGAGUCUACUCCUCUAAUAUAUGACAGGCAUUUUUUUUUUUACAUGAGUGGCAUUUAGUGUGGGACAUGUUGGUAUAAAUAAAUUUGACAUUUAGCAUGUGAUGUAUUUGUUUGUAAAAUUUGGAAUUUAGCAUACGACAAGUUUGUAUAGAGUUUGACCUUUAGUGACAUUUGGAAUGUUAGAAGUAAAAAUAAAUGUGAAAUUUAGCAUGUGACAUUUAGUAUACAAGAGUGUAACAAUGUCAAAUGUCAGUGUAUAGUUUUCAAAAAAAAAUUCUGUAUAGAAUAGUGUGCAGUGAACAUGUUUAUAAAUUUUAAAAAAUAAAUUGUUUCUAUAGAAGAGGCUGAUAUUUUGUCAUGUUAGAGCAGUGUUUACCAAUGUGUGUUCAGUGGAACCCCAGUGUUCAGCCAGAUCUGAACAGGCCACUACGUGAGUAGACUACUAGGUGAAUUAAUAUCUCUUUUAAAAAAAGCAAAGUGUUCCGCUAAGUACUCAGAAUGUGCAAAGUGUUCCGUUCAGGAAAAAGUUUAGGAAACACUUGGGACAAGAUGUGUUAUUUUGUGUUCUAGUGACAUUGGGCUGUUUCCUUCUGUUCGGAAUAAAUAGUUUUAAUUUUAAAUAAAAAGUUUUAUCUUUACUCUGUUUGUUCUGGUAUGUUACACCAUCGCAUAGAUUUACAUAAACUACCAAAUACUUGAACUUACAGUGAUCUCUUGGACUAAGACAUAGAUAUACAGCUCCAUUGAGUUAUUGAAUGAACUUGUUUGAGAAGAAUACAUUCCGUUUUCAAGAAUGAAUUAAAAGUGACAGUGUUUGGAUUGCAUGUUUUUUUAAAAAAUAAUUUGCAAUGUUAUUCAUUAAAAAAAAGUAUUUGAUCAUCUCAGCUGAUACAUUAUUAUUGCCUCAUAGGUGUGACUUAAUAGCUGUUAGAAGGGGAUGGUACACGCGUAGGUCACCUAAACUUUGCUGAAUCCAAAAGAAAUUGAGUUAAACAAACUUGAUUAGGAUGAAUCAGGAGGUCCAGUGUUUUAUGGCUUAAAAAUAUCAAACUUGAUUGACUGAAAAUUCUCUAAUCAAUAAAAAUAAUUUUAUAUUUUGGUCAUUUUGUUGCAGUCACAAACAUUAGGCAUAACUAUAAGAGCCGGAUUUAAAUAUGUGGAGGCCCCUACACCUUUUUCGAAAGCUUUCAUAAAGAUCAAAGUAUGAACAAUAAUACUUAUAUCUAAAGGAGUAUCUCUCAAUUUAAUCAUAUUUUCCUUUAUAAAAAAUAUUUAACAUGCAUAUUUUUGCUUUACAAAGUUAAUAUUUUUGAGUUUGUGGAAGGUAGGGCCCUUAGUAGACGCACUGCCGUAAAUUCGGAGCUGCUUUGCGAGCACGCAACAAAAGGACAUUUCUUCACGUGUUGCCA